AUGUUGCCAUGGUUUCAAACUCUUAUAAAAUCUUCUCUUUUCCAGGAAAAAACCCAUUCUGUUAAUUGGCAUACAAAACCUUAAACCCUAGCUCAAACCCCUCUCCCUCGACUCUAGUCUAGUUUCUUACAACAUUCAGAAAAUAUCCGAACAAGCCUCAAAUGGGAAUACCUGCAUUCUAUCGUUGGUUACUGGAGCGUUAUCCACAGUCUGUUGUUGAGGUUAACGAAGAAACCCCAGCCGUCAUUAAUGGGGUCACUGUCCCAAUUGACACUAGCGACCCUAAUCCCAACGGCAUUGAAUUCGAUAAUCUCUAUUUGGAUAUGAACGGAAUCAUUCACCCUUGUUUUCAUCCAGAAGGCCUGCCUGCCCCGGAGACACAUGAGGAAGUCUUUAAAGCGGUUUUCAAGUACAUUGAUAGAAUAUUUUCAAUUGUUAGGCCUCGCAAGCUUUUAUACAUGGCGAUUGAUGGUGUUGCACCACGUGCCAAAAUGAAUCAACAGCGUGCGAGACGUUUCAGAGCUGCUAAAGAUGCUGGUGAUGAAGCCUCUGAUACAGGGAGAAUAAGAGGGAAUGAUGAAACAGAACGGGAAGAUUUAAGUACUAAAAGGUUGGAUUCAAAUGUUAUUACACCUGGAACGAAAUUCAUGGAACUGCUGUCAUCUGCACUUCAAUACUAUAUACGUUUGAAAGUGAAUGUAGACUCUGGUUGGCAGGGAAUCAAGGUUAUUCUCUCCGAUGCUAGUGUGCCUGGUGAAGGGGAGCAUAAGAUAAUGUCUUAUAUUCGCUUGCAAAGGAAUCUUCCAGGAUUUGAUCCUAAUACACGGCAUUGCUUGUAUGGUUUGGACGCAGACUUGAUAAUGCUGGCAUUGGCGUCACAUGAAGUUCACUUUUCAAUUCUAAGGGAGGAUGUCCGCAAAGAUAAAUCAAAAUAUAGAGGUCAACAGAAUAGGCAAGAUAUGUAUAGACAACAAGCAGGUAGGCACUCAAAAAAAGGGGAAGGAUGCGGCAAGGACUUGGAGAACUUAAUAUCAGAACAGAAGUUUCAGUUUCUUAAAGUAUGGGUACUCAGAGAUUAUUUGGGAUACGAACUUCAAAUUCCAGAUCCAACUGUCAAACUAGACCUGGAGCGACUGAUAGAUGAUUUUGUUUUCAUGUGUUUAUUUGUUGGAAAUGAUUUUCUUCCCCAUGUGCCAUCUUUGGAGAUAUCAGAGGGAGCCAUUGACUUACUGAUUGAUGUCUACAAGAAGGAAUUUGUCAAUAUGGGUGGCUAUCUUACUGAUUCUUGCCAGGUUAAUUUGGAGAGGGCGGGGCACUUUAUACAAGCCAUUGGUUCUUAUGAGAAUGCUGUCUUUAGGAAGCGUAUCCAGGUACAGAAGCAUUGGGGGAUACACAUGCAACGCCCUACAUUAAAUUUGGCUGUUCAGCAGAAUCAGGACAAAAGUAACCAUGUACAAGCCAAGACCCUUUCUGUGGUUGAUAAGGUUAAAUUAGGAGAAGAGGGCUGGAAAGAGAGAUACUAUUUGGAAAAAUUUGAGGUUCAAACCGAAGAAGAUUGCGUCAAAAUUCAAAGGGAUGCGGUCUUGAAAUAUGUUGAAGGAAUAUGUUGGGUCAUGCAUUAUUACUACCAAGGAGUGUGCUCCUGGCAAUGGUUUUAUCCUUAUCACUAUGCUCCAUUUGCAUCUGAUUUUCAUGAUCUUGACCGAUUGAAAAUCCACUUCACAAUUGGCAAGCCCUUCAAGCCUUUUGAUCAGCUAAUGGGUGUCCUUCCAGCUGCAAGUGCACAAGCACUUCCCUUUUCUUACAGGAAGUUGAUGACAGAUCCAUUGUCCCCUAUUUUAGACUUCUAUCCUAGUGAUUUUGAGCUUGAUAUCAAUGGGAAGAGGCAUGCUUGGCAGGCUGUUUGUAAGCUGCCAUUUAUUGAAGAGAGCCGUCUUCUAUCUGAGAUUGCAAAUGUUGAAGAUACUUUAACGGUUGACGAAAAGCACAGAAACAGUCUCGGCCUUGAUAUGUUGUUUGUUUACUUGUCACAUCCUCUAGCAACGAAGAUCCCUGCUUUUUGUGCAAGGAACAAGGACAAUCCAAAGUUGCCAAAGGCUAAAGUGAAAAGGAAAAUCAAUCCCAAGUUCAGUCAUGGAAUGAAUGGAUUCAUAUAUCUUUCUGAUAAGCCUGUAUGUCCUGUUGAGAUCUAUCCACCCGUUGAGGACAUGGAUGUGAUAACAGAUAAUAAAGUCAUAUCUGUGUUUUAUAAAGUCCCUUCUUUCCAUCCUCACAUUCCUAAGCCACCAAAAGGAGUAAUAAUGCCUAGAAAGGUUAUCUCUGAGGAUGGAGUCCAGCCUCAACCUUUAUUAUGGCACGAGAAGACAGCUGUUGCUGAACACAGAUAUUCUAGAAGGUACAUACCCCACAAUUCUGUAUCAGGACCUCGUUUGGCAAAAUUGGCUCAUCAGCUUGUAUCAGAAAACUGUUUCCUGAAGCACCAAGUGAAUGGAGAUGGUGGCAAUGAUAGCCACAGUAAGAAACGAAAGAAGCCGCGUAGUGCUGAUAGAAAGAAGCGUACCGGUGCUGAAAGAAAGAAGCGGAAGAAGCAAAGACAAGAGACAGUAGUGUGCUAGCUUCGUUGGAACCACCAAGCAUUACGCCAAGCCUUUCCUUGAUGAUUAUUGGUGUCAACUUGUAGUUAACGUUGAGUGUCAUUUGCUUAUUGCAUCAAAUUAGGAUAGAGGCCUCGGCAGGAUGAUGAGGAGGGCCUAAAUACGAGGCUGAUCUCCACGUAGAUCUGGUGACACAAGAGAAAUCCCACAAAAGUGCGAAGGGUGUAAUAACUUAUAGCUCCUAAUUCAUUUUGUCAUUCUACUUUUCCUUUUCAAUCUUAUUUAUUCUUCUGUAAUUUGCAUAUGCUUAUUAGUUCCAAAUUUUGAUUCUAAAUUAUUCAUCAUUAGUUGCAAGAUCA